AUGGCAUCAAUGGAUGCUCUAGGGGCCUUCACCCACAUGAAAGACAAUAUUCCUGCAUGGAUCACUCGCGUUUCAGAGCUUGCCACACACACUCAUAAGAAACACAAUGAAUACUCGGAAGCAUACAGACGCCACACCAACUUCAAGCCUCGCCGACGGAAAAACAGCUCCGUUUGCUCCAUUCAUAUCGAUGAUCUCGUUCCGAUCGCACAAAGAAAGGGUCCCAGCCCAGAACCCGCGGAGACACAGGAUGCGCCCGAGCAAGGUCAACGUUCAGAUCGCAAGCGCACUACCGAUGAGGCCCCAUCAGUCGAGUCCAAUGAAGAACACGCCUUGGUAAGCACGCGGCACAAUGUCAUCAUCGAAUAUGAUGGUCAUACACAGCAGACCCUCGAAGCAAUUGUACGGGAUAUUGGGAUUGCCAGGAACAACAUCAGACGAGGCCAGAUGGCAUUGAUGCCCCGCACCGGGCUGCGCGCAGGCUUGUUGAGCAAAGGCAUGAAUAUGCCAAGUUCACUGGGACAGACAGGGCCACUUUCGUGUGUUCGCAGCACCCGGACUACAUCUGGACUUGUCGGUAUCUCUGGAACCAGCGCACGGAAAGACUCUCCUUUUGACUUUGCCGACAAGCAACUGGAACUUGCCCAUUCGCUUUGCGAGACGGCAGCUUACCAAGUCCUUCGAUCUGGUGACUGUGGAACGGAACUGGACGGCGUGGAAGAGAAGUUCAGGAUGCUACUCGAGGCGGCUAUCAACGAGGUCGACCGUAUCAUGGCAGAAAAGAAACAGCAAGAAGAACACGAACAAAAACAACAAGAAGGGACCGCGGAAGAAGGACCUCCCAAACCCGCCCCUACCCCCUCUGCAGCGCGACUCGCCAGGGUUGCUGCCAUUGCUGCGAAUAAGCCCUCAAUGACCAUGGCAGGUACCAUUGAGGUCGAUGAUAACUCAUCUAUCUCGGCUGAGUCGAUUGACCUAUCUGCAUUCCGAUCCUCUCGGAUCCGAGUGUGA